AUGAGCAGCCAGCCCGAGCAAUCGAACCAGACUCCCCCCAGAGCUGGGCCCAGGAACGAUGAUGACGCAGCUGAGGGGGAACAAAAGCAGGAUGUGUGGGUGGAACUUUUCGGCAUAGUACAUGGCCUUGCUGAGACCGUGCAAAACGCGCUGCAAGCCUUCACGCCCAGCGAUGACAAGGCAGUAUCGGCCAUUACGAAGAAACGCUUGGCGCUUCGGUCUAUUCACGGCUUGAAGCAAAGCCAGAACGGGAUUGAGACGCUGCUGGAGCAUCUAAAGGCCUUGCGGUCAGCGUCGCAGACAUGGCAACGCUCCAUGAUAUAUGCAUCAAAAAGUCACCAGGAGCUCAUGGACCAGAUUGAAUCCACGACAGAAGAGCUGCACAAGACAACCGAACGCCUACGCAGCGUCGAAGCACAGCGAUUGACGGCAGUGCGGGAGGCGGAGCUACUCAGGGCCCGGGCAGAUCAGCAAGAGGCAGUUAUCAAGGAGGCCCGAAGCAGCCUAAAGCAGAAGGAGGAGGACCUGGAAAACUUGCAGUUCUCGGUGCAUGAGCUUCAAUCUAGUUCCUCUAAGGCUCUGCAAGACCUGGACCGGCUACGGCAAGUUGCGGCGGAUGCGGAUGAAGGUGCUCGGGCUGCCACUACGGCAAUGGAAGAGGCCAAGGCAGAGGCAGCGAAGGCACACAGCCUGGCUGAGCGUCACCAACAGGCAAGCGAUGGGGCAGAUUGUGUGGUGGCGAAACUUACGGCGGACAACUUAGUCUUUCUUAUGCAGCUGAAGAAGGCGGAAGCGGACUUGGCAGCCGCAAACCAGGAACGCGCGCAACUGCGAGUGGCGGCGGAGCAACAGCGGGGCCCCUGGUUUGACCAGGUACGCGCUGGCGUCGAGGAGAAGGUUCGACAGUCACUGCAGCGCGCGGAGGAACUGGAAGCACGAUUGGAGCGACGGGCAGCAGAGCAUGCAGCCCAGAUGGAGGCUAUGCGGGAGCAGCAUGCAAAGCUGGAAGAACAGCUGGGCGCUGCGCGGCAGCAUGUUCAGGAGCUGCAGUCAGGCCUAGCGUCUGCCGUGAAAUCCAAGGAAUGCUCCGAGCGCCUCUGCGCCGCAGCGGAGUCUGCCGCAGCAGAGUUACGGAGGGAGCUUGACAACUUAGCGGCUGAGAACCGCGUGUUGCAGGAGUCCAUGAGGUCAAUGCGUCAAGAGUGCACAGAGCGAUGGGCGAAUGAGCAAUCGGCUCUAGGACGUGUCAACGGACUGGAGCAGCGAAUAGAUGAGCUACAGCAGGCCCUGUCUCAGCAGAUGGCUCGGUUGGCGGCAUUGCAGCGGCAGCUUGAUACGCAGACAGGCAUAAACCGUCAGUUAAUGACGCGCAAGGAGGAGGUCGAGUGGCAGCUAAUGGCUGCAAUGGCGAAGAUUGACGGAGCAGCUGACCAGCCGGUGCCACUCAACCUGCGGGUGUCUGGUCUCCUUCAAGUUGGUGGUCCCAACCAGCAACACCAGCGCAACAGCGUGGGCCCUGGACGCGAUAAUGGCGAGGUGGAAACGGGCACAGCACUUGAGCAGUCAGCCGCAGGUGCAGCCGCGGACUGCAUCGUUUCACGCAAUGCUUCCGCUGGUGUUGCCGUUGACGUGCGGCAGCUUCCGACAUCGGAGGACACGUUUAUAGACACCGGCGCUGCACUACACAAGGGCCCAUUUCAUAUGCGUCCGCCAUAUGCUCACAUGGCCGCAGCUGCACAAAGCUCAAGCAUUGAGGAACGCAGAACGCUUCCUCCGGUGCUGAAUUCUGCAAACAACCCGUGUCCGAGUGAAGGCAUUCUGAUUGCAGCUGCAGGGUCCUUAGCGACCGAAAUCAGCUCGCCAUCUCGAAUGCACAUGUUGCAUAGGAGCGGGUCCAUAGGGCGAUCCCAGUUCUCGGUACCGACCGAACCCACCCUCGUGGUUGCGCGUGACCUAUUGGCAACCACGUUGCAGACUGCACUUGACAGCCGUGCUGCAGACACAAGCUGUGCAGGCGUGCCAGCAGACUCGUACCCUCAGCAACAAUGCCAAUCGAAGCACAGCUCUCGAGGAGGUGUGGGCGCUUGUGGAAGUAGGGAGGUUGCCAUGGAGGCGGUUGCACAUUGGACUUCCCUGGAGCCUGGUUCUACUAUUGUGAGCAGCCCCCCGAGCUCCGUAGCUCUGUCCACCGAUCCGUGUUCAACAGAAGGAGGACUGCCCGCCCCGCGCUGUGAAACUAGCUGCCGGGAGCCUUUGGGUCCCGCGGUCACGAUCCGCACCGUGUCUUCAGGCCAUCGGUGUUCUCGUGACCCGCACAGUGGUGGGGAUACUGAGGGCUCCGGUGUCGCACUGCGCUCUGGGCAGGCAUGGGCGGCGUCCGAUGGGAGAGCUGUACAGCCUCCUCCUGGAGCGUGUGCGCUGCAAGAUGUGCAGGGUCAGCUUGAGCGACGGGGCAGCCUGCAUGACGGCCUUGACGUGUGGGUAGCGGACAUGGCCAGUUCAAGCAGCAGUGAUGACAGCGCAUUUUCGGUGUCCGCUGGCGUGGUUGUACAGCACGGGUCACACGUGGAGUCACGCAACAUGCAGCCGCCCGCACAUCAGGCGCAGCUGUACCAGCUGCAGCAGAGGCUGCAGAUGCAGCUGCACUUGCAAGGCUCGUCAGCUGCGACGGAGGCAGGCGGGACGGAGCGGCAGCUGCCAAGCCAGGGUCGGGAUCCGCACGUAGUCCUGCCGAAGCAAGCCAUGGCAUCUGAUGCACAGAUUGCGCUUAGCGUAGCCCACGCGCGUGGCGAUGAUGGCGACACCAUCCACAUGCGCGUGCCUCCCCAGCGCGGUGGUAGUGGUGGUGCCGUAGUAAUUCGUUCCGGCAUUACCAUGCGGAGCGCCCCAACUCACCCAGCCGGUUCUCGCAAACAUACCAACAGCGCCGGGUCCGCCUCAGGGGUAAGCGGGUGCGGUGACGACCAGGACGGCCAUGGGAUUGGCGUAUUAAGCAUAACGAAGGGACAACAGGAGGCAGGGUUCCGGUCGAGUGGUUCGCCUAUUCACCCUGCAUUUUCUGGAAGGCUGGGCACGCGCGCGGCAGGCAGCCCCAGGCCUAUUCCCCCACCAAAUGCAACAACAUCCGCAGCGGAAGCCUCCCAGUGGACGUCUUCGGAAAAUGCACCGGCAUCCUCUCCGACGGAUGCUGCGCAGCCAUUCCGCCAGAAACCUGCGGGCCAGGCGCCUGCAGACACAGACCCUAUUCCCAUGCGGGUACAGCCGGGACCGCCCUUCUAUGCUACCGGCGGUCCCCUCGAUAGCAAUGCCGUGGCAGCUUUUCAACACUGGACGCUCUCAACCGAUGGGCGUGGGCGGGACCCGGGGAACUCGCCAGCAGCAACCCAAGUGCAGCCACACACCGCGCAGCCACAACAGCUAUCGGUGCUGUCCAGCCCGACGCGCUCUCUUCCCUUGUUGCGAUCGCCUCGAUCGCCACCCCACCCCGCCAUCAUCAUAGUUGCGGAUAGUGGCAGCGCCGGGACUGAGGUUAGCUUGGGUACCGCCAGCAGGCUGAUCACAGCUGCGGUGGAGCACCCCUGUUACCUUCGACAUGACAGCUCGCAUGGGAUGGCAACUGAGCCAGCCCCGGAGCUGAACGUCGGGAAUGAUCUGCUGGCUUUUGGGGCGGCUACCGCCAAUAGCCCGGCGCCAUCAGUGGCGCGCCAGGCUAUGCGGGAUGAGUAUGUGGUGUUAGGGGCGGCCGAGAUGUCAACAGGAGCGCCACCACGGCCUCGGGUAUCCUUCCAUGGACUGACACGUGACGACCAGGCGGUGACAGGGAUGCUGGGUGACAGCAGCGGCAUCGGAACAAGUCUCGGCCAUUUGCGCUCGAGCUCCAUGUCAUCAAGCACUGGCUCCAUCAUUCAUGCGGGCGGUAAUGGGAAUGGCACACAGCAGCCACACAAGCCGAGCAGCAUGAAAAGUGUCCGGUUCUCAGACCAUGAACCCGAUGACGAAAGGGGGCAGACGCUGCCAAGGCAACGUGGCAGUCAAGAGCAGCAAGGAAUUGGAAUGUCUCUGCAGCAGAGGACAUCUCCGCUAUCUGUGGACACCACUGAGGGGCACCGAACCGUCGCUGAGCGCCACCUGGUGCACAUGAUCGCCCACGCCGAAAGUGCUCAACAAUACCGUUCCAGAGGACCAGUGCCCCACCCAGCUAUGCCGGGAGUCUCCACAUCUGUCUCUUCGGUUGCUUUCGCCGCCCUGGAUGCGGCUGAGGCCACGCCAUCCAAGCGCUAUAGUGCGGCGGGCGUCAGCACUACGGUCGUUCCGCGUGGGUCCACCAGCUAG